UCCAGGUCCAGCUAUCCACUGAGCCACCUUGCUAGCAAUUGGUUGUGUAUAUAAGGAAGAAAAAAAAACCCUACAAUGUUUUAAGUAUCUUACCUAGACUGUUUUUGAGAAGGAAUUGUGGUUCACACUUCUGGGUUUGAAAGAAGGUUUAUUUUUUUUUUUUGUUCCCUGUUGCCUUAGCAUUGUCCUAGCAACAGUCUGCUUUCUGAGUAGGUAAGUACAGAGAGGCUACUUGGUGAUCCACUCUUUGGCCAUAGCAACCCAUGAGACAAAGAAAUAUACAAAACAGCUCACAGCCAGAACAGUGGCAGAGUGGUGGAAGAGAAGUUAGAAAUACCACAAUUUUUAGACUAUCUACAAAUUUCAACUUAUAGCUAUUGGUUUUUUCUGAGACCCUUAUCCAAUGAUCAGUGAGUGUGAACAAACCAUUCACUGGAGGAGCUGGAUCAGGUCAAUAUUGACACUUCAGCAAAAACAAAAGCAGAAGAAAGAAGCCACAGCUAAAUGGGAACAAUGGCUUAUAGGUACUCCUUAGAGAGACAAAAGAGUUUGUCUAAAGGCAACCAGAAACAUUUCAUGGGACAUUUGGUCAUCUUACAGUGCAGUAUAAGUAGUACUCGUGAUAAGUAUUUGGGGAAAGAAACCAUCCUGAAAAUAAUCACAGCAUAUAUACCAUCAGUUGCAGGGAAUAAAGAUGUAGAGAACCCUAUGAAGAUCUCGGUAAGAUCCUCCAAAUUAAAUCAGUUUAUACUUUGAUUGUUGUCAAAGGAUAUUAAAGAAGCAUAUGGUGUGUGUGAGAAGGCUGCAACUUGUCAUGUAUAACAAAUGAAGAACUUCAAAGAAAGGGAGUAAAAGAUGAUCUCUGGGAAUGUAUGAAAGAAAAAGAUGUACUCGUCAUGUGGUAAGGAUUAAGGAUGAGAAAUGAACAGCCCUCCUGCUCCACUUGGACAUAUCAGAAGAAAGCAAGGAAGGCCCUCUGGAGUGUUAGAUGCCUACCAUCCCCCAUAUAUGGAAAAAUAUGGACAAAAGCUGUACAGGAAGGACAUGUAUGGAUUUUGAUCUGCUUGGUUGAAGGAGCAUCCACAUUGAUGUAAUCUUAGAGUGAACUGAGUACCCGUCUUGGUACAACUCACCUUACUUGAGUAUUACUGACAAAUGUGCAUAUGUACACUAGAUGGCCUCUGAAGUCACUGAAAAUUCCGAGAAUCUGUGAUCCAAGAUUCUGUACUUUUGGAGGUUUCCCAGGCCCCAAACCUGCCCUCAUGUGCUGGAUGGAUGAAGAGACAGAGGUCUGGGGUCCGGAUGCCCGCGACCCCGAGGAGGCGGGGGAGAAAGGAACGGAAAAUUUAGGAGGAGUCAGGAACAGGGCUGAGAAGUGGAAGAGAGAAGAACCUGGAGUCCAGGAGUCUGAUGAAGCACAUAGGAAGAACAGUCUGUCAGUUGAGGCUCUGCCAGGCCCACCCCAAGAACCAAGAGACUCUUCCUGCACUGACUGUGGCAAGACUUUGCGUAAACAUUCUAUCACUGCACUCCACCAGUGUAAUCCCAACCGAAAGCGGUCAUAUAUAUGUCCUGAUUGUGGACGCCACUUUGCUUAUCCCUAUUUACUGGUCAGCCACCAGCGAAUGCAUUCUGGGGAGCGUCCCUAUCCUUGUGAUCAGUGUGAGGCACGAUUCUUCCAAAAGAAAUACCUUGUCCAACACCAGCUAAUCCACACAGGUGAGAAACCCUACACGUGCCCUGAAUGUGGACGCUGUUUCAGACAGAGAAGGUCCCUAGUCAUCCAUCAGCGGCGCACACACACAGGUGAGAAGCCCUAUUCUUGCCCUGACUGCAAGCGCCAAUUUGUCUAUCCCUACCAACUGGCUACUCAUCGUCGUACUCACACAGGGGAGAAACCAUACUCCUGUGCUGAAUGUGGCUGCCGAUUCACAUAUUCUUCCUUACUGAUAAGCCACAGGCGUAUUCACUCUGAUGAAAGGCCCUUUCCCUGCCCUGAGUGUGGGAAGCGGUUCAAACGGAAGUAUGCCCUUGAAGCACACCAGUGGAUCCAUCGUUCUGGCACUGAGAUUUGGAGAAGCAUGCCAUCAGCAAGACAGUCUGCAGCAGAAUCCUCUGACCAGGGUAUCCGUGAUCCCCCUGUGCACUGCCGUUAUUACCCAGAUAUAUUCCAGGAAUGUGGGUGAAGGAAUCUGGGAGAGACGUGAAGAAGCUCACACCUACUGGCUUGUAUCUUCUUUAUAAAGUAUGAGGUCAGGCCGUCUAUGUGUUGGGAGGGAGUAAUAAGAAUUGAGGGUUUAAAGAAACAAGAGGUCUGGUAGAACUGCUGUGAGGAGUGUUACGGAAACAGAAGGAGAUGGGUUAAAGGACUGAUGAUCUCCAUUAGGAGUUUAAGUUGGACAGCUGAUCAUAACAGAUCUGUUUCUGUUGGAUUAAGGUUGAGACUCCAGCCUUUUUUGGUACCCUGCUCACAGUGCCAAAGUGUUUUGGAAUCAAGAAGGGAGUUAAGCGUAGGUUCUACCCCUGAGGCUCUCAAUGUAGAACAAGUCAAGAAGGCAACACUCCCUCCCCUACAAUUUUGCCAAAACUGGAUGUAGGUUGGUUUUCUUUUAUUGCCUUAUGAAAAACCUGGUAGGUGGUGUCCCACUCAGACAUGGGAAUGCCUUGUGACCAAUUAGCCUAUUAGAUGAUCCAUGCACUCACCCCAUAAAAUAGAAUGACUCUAGGCAGCUGGCUAGUCACCUUAAAAGUUUAAACAUAAAAUCUCUGGUCCCUACCAGUGUGUGUCCUGCUAGUAUCCAUGUCCCAUUCUAGAAAAGAUGCUCCAUAUAUUAUCUACCAAAUUUAUGUUACUCUAAAAGGGAGAAUGUCCAUUGUUUUAUGGCAGAGGCCUAAGACACAGUCUCUUCUUUUUAUUCUAAUUUCUGUCCCUCUGUUUUCCUUCAACUCAAGACCUGAGUAUUAAGUCUGGAGAGUGGGGUGCCCCAUGUGUAAGGUAGCUAUAUAUAGUACCAUCAUCCUCACUGUAGUACAUUUUCUUCCACUGGGAUAAAUAGAAUUUUAACUGAUUCAGGCCUGCCAUGGAAACAGACUUCUUUAUUAAUAGAUCUCUUUACUUGUUAUCUCCAGUUACAACAACUCACAGGGCUCUUCUAAUCUGUAACACAAUUGUUCCAUCACUAUAUUGACCUUUCUCAUGGAAGGGACAUGUAAUUGUCUGUCUUUUUUUUUGUUCAUCCUUCUGACCUUUUAUAGGUGUGUUUCCCUGUUCUUGUUCAGUUUCGUAAAAAGCUUUCUGGACUGUCCCUUACAAGUGCCUUAUUCAUAGUUGUCUUGAUUAUUAAAUUAUUUUGUCUAUAUGAGA